AUGUCCGUCAUCAACAUAUCCUCAAACGAGCAAUUCAACACGCUCCUCAGCUCCUCGCGAGUCGUCGUCGCCGACUUCUACGCCGACUGGUGCGGACCAUGCAAAGCAAUCGCCCCAGUCUACGACUCGCUGGCGCGCCAGCUGUCGCGCCCGAACCAGAUCACAUUCACCAAGAUCAACGGUGACGAGCAGAAAGACCUGGCGCAAGCAUACAGCGUGCGAGCAUACCCAACCUUCAUCGUCUUCGAGAACGGCCGUAAGACCCAGACCGUGGCGGGCGCCGACCCGCGCCGACUGAACGAAGUCAUCCAGAAGCUCGCCAACGAAGCAACGAAGUCCGACGGAGCCGGCGACGGCGAGUCGAGCGGCGCAGGAGGAGGCUGGAUCGGCGGGGCCGUGGCCAAGGGAUACGCCGACGUGACGGACCAAGUCGACUUCAAGGGACUGGAACUGCUGAAUCGGGAUAUUGAGGCGGGCGAGCCCCGGGUGCUCUUCGACAGCAGCAAGCCGUCUGGACUGGCAGGCAAGGGCAAGAACAGCGGCAAGGACUGGGUGGAGAGUGAUACGGACGAGCAGCUGAUGCUUUACAUCCCCUUCCAGUCUACGCUGAAGGUGCACUCGUUGCAAAUUACGUCGCUUCCGACCGAGAGUGAGGAUGAUGAUGAGACACCCAUGCGACCUAAGACGGUGUCGCUCUACACGAACCGGUCGCACGUGCUCGGGUUCGACGAGGCGGAGGACAUUCCUGCUGUGCAGACGGUGGAAAUUAAGGAGAAGGACUGGGAUUCGAAGACGGGGACGGCCAAUGUGCCGCUGCGGUUCGUCAAGUUCCAAAAUGUUACGUCGUUGGUGGUGUUCUUUGUGGAUGGCGACGGCGACAGCGAGAAGUUGCGCGUGGACCGGAUUCGCAUUGUGGGCGACGCGGGCGAGAAGAGGUCCAUGGGGAAGCUGGAGAAAAUUGGUGAUGAGCCCGGCGAGUAA